UCUAAAGACACAAAUAAUACGUGUCACAGAAUAAUCAAAGUGUGUAUUUAGUUUUCUUUCCACCUGUAUAAACACACACAACAGUGAACAGAUGAACACACUCUCUCUUGUUCAGUGCACUUGCCUUUGGGCAAGAAAGAAGGAAACAAACCUGAAAAAGAAACAAACCACAGAAGGGAGUUUUUCUUUCCAGGAAAAGCAAAGAUGGGAGGAGCAGAAAGAGAGAGGAUCGGUGAUAUCAGUCUGUCCUGAUAAAAGAAGAAACACAAACACACCUGAAUCACAACAUCUACAGAAAUGGAGAGAAUCACAUUGAUGUCUGUUCUGCUCACAGUCGUGCUCAGUUCGUCUCUGCGUCAGUAUCACUUUGUGAAUCAGAACAUGAUCUGGACUGAAGCUCAGAGAUACUGCAGAGAGAAAUACACAGAUCUGGUCACUAUCAAUGACAUGAAUGAACAGAAUGACAUAAAACAGGCCAUAAAGAGUAACUCUGGCCGUGUCUGGAUUGGACUGAGGAGCACAAGCACAUGGAUUUGGUCUCUGAGUGACCCUGCCUUCUACAGAGGAGAAGAUUUACUGUAUGAGAAAUGGGAUAAAAUGACAGCAAAACCACAGCCAGAAGAAGAUGGAGACUGUGUUUACAUGGAUUGUGGAGUGAAUUGUGCGAAAGCACAUAAAGGAUAUUGGCAUGAUGCAAGCUGUAGUUACACACUGUAUUUCAUCUGCUAUAAUGCCAGUACAGGAUUCGUCCUUGAACAGGACAAAAAGAACUGGACAGACGCUCAGAAAUACUGCCGACAGAAACACACAGAUCUGGCCAGUGUGAGGAAUGAGAGUGAGAAUAAUCAGAUUGAGAACAUGCUACAAGAUGAUCAAGUCUGGAUCGGUCUGCACAGACUCUGGGUUUGGUCAGAUAACAGCACCGCUACAUUCACACACUGGAGAACUGGUGAACCCAGCAUCGGAACAAACAGAAACAGCAUCUGUGUAUCAACUGGUAUCAGUGAUGAAGGAUGGACAGAAGAGCUCUGUUCAGAACAACGUCCCUUUGUGUGUUAUGAUGAUAAACUGGUUCUGAUCCGAGAGAAUAAGAUGUGGACUGAAGCUCUGAGAUACUGCAGAGAUAGGGACAUGGACCUGGUGUCGGUGGAUUCGGAGCAGAUACAGCAGCGGGUGAUGAAUGUGACCUCGAGCGCUCUCUCCGAUCACGUGUGGCUGGGUCUGCGUCACUCCUGCACAGUGGGGAUCUGGUUCUGGGUCAACGGUCAGACCGUGUGCUACAAUCAGUGGGCUUCUGAUUACAACAAUGAACUGGGCGACUGCGAUAAGACGGUCAGAUCCGGAGUCAUUCGAAAAAGCGAUAAUCACUGGAUCAGCCGCCCUGAAACUGAUAGAAACAACUUCAUCUGCACCAAGUGAGUGCUGGAGAGUCACUGAUUACAUGUGAUCCAGAUUACAAAUAUUCAGUACUUGUAAUUAGAUUACACUACAUUUUAAAAUGCCUAUAAUUAGAGAACCGUUACUUUCUUAUGGAUUACAUGGUCACACAAUGCCAGUAAAUUAUUCAUUUAAUUAUAAAGUAAUCAAAAAGCACUCAGAAUCCAUCACUUAAAAUGUGAAAUCUAAUAGAUUGUUUCUAUAUAAAAGUUUUGUCAUGUAAUCUGUAACCAGCAAUGGACUAAAAAUGUUUAAAUAAUUACCCACUGUGUGUGAGUCAAAUAACAGAUUUAAUCAAGCCAUUUGGAUUCAAAUUAUUCAGUUUAAUU